UAUAAUAUGAAGUAGAAUAUAAUUUAGGGACUUCUUCCCUCAUUAGUAGAGUUCAUCACAACCCAUUUUAGUCAUCAUCUGCUGCACCAACAAUUAACAAUUUCGACUAAUGGCAGCUUUUGGCGUACAAAUGUGGGCUGAAUCAAACAGGAUUCUCUCCCUUUUCGCCACUUCUCUGUCUCCGAUUCACAUCCCUCAAAUUCAAGCUCAGCUCAUCGUUCAAAACCUCCAUUCAAAUCCCACCAUAGCCCACCAUUUCAUAAACACUUGCCAUGAUCUUCGGCUUCUCGAUUCCGCUCUUCUCUUCUUUACCCAAAUCCCCAAACCCCACGUCUUCGUCUGCAAUUCCUUAAUCAGAGCCUUCUCGCACUCCAAAAUCCCCCAUACCCCUCUUUCCAUUUACGCCCACAUGAACAGAAACUCCAUUCUUCCCAAUAAUUACACCUUUCCUUUCCUUCUCAAAUCCUUGGCUGAUUUCAACCACCUUGUGAGUGGACAAUCUGUUCAUGCCCACGUUGUGAAAUUGGGAUAUGUUUCUGAUGUUUAUGUGCAGAAUUCGUUGAUGGAUGUUUAUGCGUCGUGUGGGAGAAUGGGGUUAUGCAAGAAGGUGUUCGACGAAAUGCCUCUGAGAGAUGUUGUGUCGUGGACUGUUUUGAUUAUGGGUUAUCGAGUUGCUUUGAUGUUUGAUGAUGCUUUGAUUGCGUUUGAGCAGAUGCAAUAUGCAGGUGUGGAGCCUAAUCGUGUGACGAUGGUUAAUGCAUUGGCUGCUUGUGCGAGCUUUGGAGCCAUUGAAAUGGGUAUUUGGAUACAUGAGUUUGUGAAAAGGAGAGGGUGGGAAAUGGAUGUGAUUUUGGGGACUUCUUUGAUUGAUAUGUAUGGGAAAUGUGGAAGAAUCGAAGAGGGAUUGGUUGUUUUCCAAGCCAUGAAAGACAAGAAUGUGUAUACAUGGAAUGCACUCAUUAACGGGCUGGCAUUGGCCAAAAGCGGAGAGGAGGCCAUUGCUUGGUUUAAGAGAAUGGAUGAAGAUGGAGGAGUUAAGGCAGAUGAAGUGACAUUAGUGGCAGUGCUUUGUGCUUGUAGCCACUCUGGCUUGGUGGACAUCGGCAGGCAGAUCUUCGGGUCGAUGAUCGACGGUAAGUUCGGGUUUUCUCCGGGAAUCCAACACUAUUCAUGUAUGGUUGAUCUCUUGGCUCGUUCUGGGUGUAUUGAGGAGUCCUUUGAAUUGAUUAAGAAUAUGCCUUUUGAUGCCACCAAAGCAAUGUGGGGGUCUUUGCUAGCUGGUAGCAGAGCUCAAGGGAGCUUGGAAAUGAGCGAAUUUGCAGCACGGAAGCUUGUUGAAAUGGAACCAGAGAAUGGUGCUUAUUAUGCUGUUUUAUCCAAUAUCUGUGCAGAGAUGGGGAAAUGGAAUGAGGUUGAGAAAGUGAGAAAGAUCAUGAAAGUGGAAGGACUGAAGAAGGAUCUGGGGUCGAGUUCUGUUGAGAGCUUCAAGAGCCUGCCCCAUUUCCCAUGAUAUCGAGUUCCAUGGUCAUGUUAACCGAGGCGACGAUAAGUCUCGCUUGUAAUGACUUUGUAAAUGCUUAAAAAGCACUUGGGAAAUCAUUCCAAGUGGGCUCAUGAUCUCCCUCGUCGCCUUUGUACCCGAAACAGAUGCAUUGCGCUAACCCGCGCGUAACCUUCCUUUCCCUAUCCCUCUUCUGGUUAUACCAUUACCAAUCUCAGGUAACCCCCGAGCCGGCUGCCUUUAACCUAAUAAGAACCGAUAUCCUUAUGAUCAAAUAAGGACCAACUUACUUCUCCGAUCUCAACCUGAAACUUGUUGGGCCAUUUUGACCAUCCCUGAUCCUAACUAGACUAGAUAAGGGUUAGGAGAUUCUUAUUAGUGUAGAAUAGUCAUUUUCUCUGAGUCGCGCGGGACUGAGUGGCAACGACAUGGAAAAACUUCUUGAAGUUGCAGAGUUCCAUCCAUUGUUGGGCGUCCAUAGUUUUCUUAGUAAUGGAGAUACUAAUUGGUAGCAGAUUUGAAGCUCCCAUUAAAUACUUGUGAGCCUGUAAUGGUUUGAGCUCCAAAGCAGAAAGGAGGCAGUGAGAAAGUCUUGGAAAGCUGCAAUGGUUACAGGUGACAGGUUCAAUAUUCAGGCGUCCUAAGCGUAGAGGAACCACACCAAUCCAUCCUAUACUGGUGGUUAAAUUCUACUGCGGCAUAGAGGAACCACACCAAUCCAUCCCAAACUUGGUGGUUGCGGCAUAGAGGAACCACACCAAUCCAUCCCAAACUUGGUGGUUAAAUUCUACUACGGUGACAAUACUGUAGGAGAGGUCCUCCAAUAAUAAAAAAGUUUAACCCUCUAAUUCUGAUAUCUUAGAAUCUACCCAAGCCUUUUAUUUUUACUUCCCAUAAAUUGGAUUAUUUUGAAUUUUUUUAAUUCAACGAGUGAAGUCAACUAACACCCA